AUUAUGAUGUCAAGAUGAUUGCCUGAAUCUUCCCAAAUGUGUAGGCUUGGAUCUAGACUUGGUAAGUUGGGCUUAGUUCCAACUGAAAGCAGAUGUAAGCUGCCCAAAGAAUUUUGUUGUAGGGGGCAAGAGGCAAAUGCUGUGAGUAAAUAAAUAAUGAGACUUAUGUCGUGACUAACUUGUCAAUGGGGACCAAGUUUAAUGAACAUUCUGGAUCCAAUCCAUUGAAAAGUCAGAGUUGAGGAGUGACAACUAAGGGACGGUCUUUGCAUGUCCUCUCAAGUCACUGUUCAUUCUUGAUACAGGCAUAGAAUGAUGAAGAGAAACCAGUUGGCUGACUGUGGAUCGUACCUUCUGAAAUACAGUGUCUGAAAACGAUAUAUUUUAAAAAGUAAUUUAAGUGGAUUCAGACUUAUGAAUGCCUUCUAAUUCACAAAUCAUCAAUAAAGCAGCAUGUUAAACAUAUGCUGUGAUAUCUUUCAUUCUGGGUGAGAGCCAGCGACAUGCCAGGGGAUGCAAUGGGACUCCCCUGCAGCCCUUGUGCCCCCAAUCUGCUUCAGAGGGUCCCCCAACUCUGCAGAGGUAAUAAUAAUAAUAAUAAUAAUAAUAAUAAUAAUAAUUUAUUUAUACCCUGCCAAUCUGGCUGGGUUUCCCCAGCCACUCUGGGAGGCUCCCAGCAGAAUAUUAAAAAUGCGAUAAAAGAUCAAACCUUAAAAACUUCCCUAAACAGGGCUGCCUUCAGAUGUCUUCUAAAUGUCAGAUAGUUGUUUAUUUCCUUGACAUCUGGUGGGAGGGCGUUCCACAGGGCAGGCGCCACUACCGAGAAGGCCCUCUGCCUGGCUCCCUGUAACUUCACUUCUUGCAGUGAGAGAACUGCCAGAAGGCCCUAGGAGAUCCGAGCAGGGGGCUGCAGGCGAGGAGAGGAACCCCUAUUUGCACAAGUGGGGUGCCAAAAAUAUUGGCUAUCACCCCACGUCUUUAUUUAGCAGGUGGCAGCUUCCUUAUCACCCCUGAUUUCAGGGCAUAAUGAAAGAAAGAGAGCCGAGAUAAAGUGAAAGACAAGGCAGCUAAUGGCAGUAUCAUGUAAAUAAACUGUCCAUUUCAGAAGGGGGCAAAACUGCACAAGGUUGCUGUUACUUCUGUGCAUCUUUAUGGGGGUCGUGCCCAAUUUAUUCUGCAUGUCAGCACUCGUGUGUGUGAUAUAUAUAUACAUACAUACACACAACACCAUCUUAGUUUUGGUCACUCAUUAAAUACAGUGCUCCUCUUGCUUUAUCAGUGAUAUAUUAAACUGUCUGCUUUUCACUUCAGCAAUGUAUUGUCUCUUCACAAUUGAUAUAAAUGUUACUGAUGGACCUUGACUUUCCAGCUCCUGAGAUGGAUGUCAUAUAAAUGAGAAUGCUUGGGAAAUUUGGUGCUGACACAGAAUGGUAUGAUUAGGUGCAUAAUGUGGGCAUCACAAUUUGCAAUGCAUCCUACAGAGAAAUAGCAGAGUUCCAUGAUUUAACAAGGAUUGUGGAAAUAUGCAGCCCUCAACACCAUUUAUGAAUUAAUCAGGUGCACAAGCACCUCUUAUGAGGACUUCAUGCUGAGUAAGGAAGUCGCCUAGGGACAUAAUACUAAAAGACCCCUACAAAACUCAUUAAUAGAAACUACAUCUCCUUAUUUUUAAUUUAAAUAUAUAAUAGAAAAAGAAACAAGUUAUCACUGGUUAUCGCUGGAUUGGAAUUAGAAAAUCAUAUAAUGCAAAAAUUACAAAAGUUUUAAGGGGGGGGGAACCUUGAAUAAAUACAUAUUUUAAGGGUACACCACACCAAUUCCACCAUGGAAAUGUCAAAAAGUUAUAUUUGUUCAAUGAUGAAAAUAUCGUUGCUGUGCUGGGCACUUAUUUUGAUUAUAAAAGCCUUCAUUUUAUUGCCGUCGUAGGUGCAGGCAUUUUGUAGCAAGCACAAUUCACCUAGGUGAAAUUUAAAUAACCAUUAAAUACAAUAAAUGGCUGUGCCCAAGUAUUACUGUCUUUGGAAACUGGAGGUGAGAGAGGGGAAGAGGUAAAAUGUUUAGUAUAACCUUUUGGUGCUAGCCUCAAAGCAGCCAAAGUUGUGUGAAGUCACUAUAUUUUUACGUAGCUAUUAAGGAAGUACGUUUAAAUGCUACCAGGCAGUUCAGAUAAUAUAAAAUUUCCAAUACUGCCUUCGACUCGAGUCAAGGGUACACUUUAAGAGUUAUUAGCACCCAGCAAAGUGUGUUAAGUCUGACAUUCAUGAUGUCUCAGUUAUUAAAUAGAUACCAGUACACGUACUGAUUUUCUUAUAAAACUUAAUAAUGAUAAUGACCUUUCCGUUUAGAAUCAGGCUUUCAGCGCGGAAAACACUGACAGAUUUAUAGAAUUUAAUGCUAGACACAAACUGCAGAUCAUUGUCAGGUUUUCCCAUAUAGAGAAUUUGAAAUGUAUUUUUCACUCUUGGUCUUGAACAUUUCAUGUGUCAUAAUGACCAUCAAAUGUAUAUAUUUCUAUGCAUAGCUAGCAUAAUCGACGUUACACUCAAUUUAUCAUUUGAUUUAUUGCCCCUCUGCACCACUGCAUUAUUCCACUGAGAUUAUCUGCACACUAUAAUGCCUCUUAAUAGAAAAGAUGAGGUGAUUCUGUCAGAGAAUCGACUGCCAUUACUAAACAAUUAGAGAUGUUUUGGUUUAUGUCCUGUGCUCCUCAGAUAAAUUUGCUGUAAUACAUACCAUAGCAAUGGGGAACAUAGGAGAUGUCCCUGUUACACUCAUUUCCCCUCCACCACAAGAACCUGGCUGUGGAGAAUUUUUCUCUCGAGGCCUAAAUUGAGAGAUUGUUGUGACUCAACACAUGAGCUAAUAUACUGGCACAUAAGUACGUGCCAUCAGAUUCUAGCUAUCUAAUAAAGCAGCAUGGUGCUCUAUUUUUUUUUAUUUGUUUAAACAAUUUAUCUACCACUUAACUACAAUGGUCUUUGAACAGUGUAUAAGAAAUAAAAUACAGAAAUGAUAAAAAUUGGUUAAAAUGGGGGGGACGGGACACCAAACAGAUUUCAAUUAAAAUGCCUGCUGGAAUAACAACAACAACAACAACAACAACAACAACAACAACAACAAAGGUCUUCAGUAAGCGCCAAAAUUUCAAUUGGGAAUUGGCCUGUCUAAUCUCAGCCAUAAGGAGUCUGUAGAAUUUGACCCACAAUACUGAAUGCAUGGGUCUUAGUGGAUAUGAGCCACAUAUCUGACCUAUGGUGGACCACUAAGCGUGACUCCCCCCAAAGUCUCAGUGACUGAGAAGGAAUAUAAGGAUUAUAUAAUUCUAUAGACCAAUUUAUCAUAUAAACGAAACAUAUUAUCAGAAAUUAAAGUCCAGCAGGUUGUCCUUGUUGUUAAAGGCCUUGUAAAUUAAAACAAGAACAUUGAACUAGGCAUGAUAUCAUAUGGGUAGUUGGUGUGAGCUUUUGAGAACUGGAGAUAUGUGCUAGGCAGUGAUGGAUUAAUGGCCAUUGGCAUCAGUUCAGCAAAGGAUACCAGGCAGAAAUGAUCUGGACCAGUUAGACUCCACUGCUUAUUCAAUUGGCACAAAAGAAAUAUGGUGCAAACCUAUGCACAGCUUUCUUAGUAAUAUACACCUGUUUAGUGAUAAAUUCUGCAGUGUGGAAGCUCAUCAUGACAACACCCCCCAAUCACGUCCAACCUGGAAGAGUCCAUAGUCACACCUCUAAGAAGAGUCUAAAAUGUACAGUGCUGUGAUUAUUUAGAUAUAUUUCUCACCCAAGGAGAAACAAUACAUAAUGCCAAUCUUAUGAGGUCAGCAGAAAUUGAUAAAAUAUUAUUUUAACAACAACAAUCAUCACCACCACGAACAUCGUACACCGCCCAUCUGACUGGGUUGCCCCAGCCACUCUGGGUGGCUUCCAACAUAUACAAAAAGAUAAUAAAACAUUGGACAUUCAAAACUUCCCUAUAGAGGGCUGCCUUAAGGUGUCUUCUAAAGGUUGCUUAUCUCCUUGGGAGGGCAUUCCACAUGCUAAUCUGCACAAACAACAGUCAACCCCCAAAGCCCUUUAAUCAUCUCAUUCGCUUCCCAGAGCAAGAAGGGCCCAUCAAUCACCUUGAUGCUCCAACAGAUCAAAGUGGGGUAAGGGGGAAGAGUGGGGGGACAGCAGCAGCAGUGGGAGAUGCCAGUGAGUGGGGUCCUGAGUCGUACACAUUUACUGCCCCUGACCCUCCACUUCGUGGGGCCUUCACUGAAGUUUGCCUACUGGGUGGAUCAGCUCUGGCAACACUAUGCCAAUCCUCAAAAGCACAUUUAGCAACAUGCUUAAAAAUCACAGAGUGAUAUACUGAAACAAGCCCAUGCAUAACCUUUGCCAUGUUCUCUGGCAAAUGUACAAGCUUGGACUACAAUGUCUCUCUAGAGGAGAACUGAGAUGAGUGGGCUUAUUGGUUCGCUUUCACAGUGACCAUCAAACUAUAUUACUGUUUUUCUUUAGGAAAAAGAAACCCCGGUUAAGAAAUAAGAAGUGUGCUAUGAAAUGUAUUGCUUAAAUUGUACUUUCCCAGAGCAAAGUCUUCAUGUUACUAAUGAGCCAGUAUGCAGGAGAUCAUGAAAUAACACUGUGCUGCUAUUGGCUGCUGAUGCCCCCAAAGGCUCGAAGUGAGUAUGUUUCUCUGUUACGGUUUGGCCCAGGAAAUGUUAUGUGUCCACAAGUCUCCUUUCAAAAUGGCCACAUCAGCUCGAAUCCUUUCAAGAAACUCCUUGAUGGGCUAUGUUUACAUAAUUACAUAAAACAAUGUAAUGCUGAAGAUCUGGAGGCACAACCUUUUAUACUAACAUCAUGACUGUAAGAAGCAAAGAACAGUAAAUACUUGGGUUUCAAGGAACUGGAGAAUGUAAAAAUAUUGAACAUAUUAUGUUUGAGAGGAGCCAGUUUUUCUUGGGCUUUGCAGAGAAACUUAUGAGUUCUCUUGUUACAGACACUCGGAACUGCUAACUACCAAGAGGCAAUGUGGUUUUCACUGUGUUGCAUACUAUCGAAAAAUGAACCCUAUCCUUUAGCUAUUCAUAGUGUUAUAUUCCUGUGGCUGAAAGUCAAACAUAAGAAAUACCAGAUCAGGAUUAACUGUGCCUUGAAAUUAAUGAGUGAACCUAUUUACAGUGUGGGUAUUCAGGCAGAAGAUGUACCUUAGCCUAGCUGGUAAAUAUCCAGCACCCUAGAUAGCAGAAACUAUAGGAGGUCCAAAUGCAGCUGGGCUGGCUUAACACAUUCGGAAGUACAUGGAGCUAUGCAUGUUGCCAUCCAGAUAAUAUUCCCUUCCCAUAAGACCAUUAAGCCUGGAGACUAAAAUUAUCUAAUUGCACCUUUGGCCCAGAUUCAGCAAGAGCAAUCGGCACACUGAAGUAGACUUCCGAUAAUGGAUCUCAGGGAUGGGUCAUUCUAUAUGCAAACACUUGCCUCAGGUUGUUCUCCUUUCCACAUGCAGCCCCCAAAAGAAUUGGAGAGGAAGAGCUCUACCUAUGGGCCUCCCCUCUGCCUGUGUCUGUCAAACAAUUGGAUAGGUGCUAUCAAAGAUGGCAGCAUCAAUAUCUUUUUAGCUGUGAGCAACUUGUGUGUAACAGUAUAUACACUGGUUGACAAAUUUCUUUAUAUGUAUUUUUAGGCUAUCUGAAUGGCAUGCACACACACACACACACACACACACACACACACACACACACACACACACACACAUAGAACUUUUUUCCCACUGAAACUUGCCAGAACUCAGUUCCAGCACCUCUCAGUUGGGUGCCAUUGCCAUUAUAAGAGAUCAAAGGAGGCAUUCAUGGUGAGCACCUCUUUUUCUAGAAAAAUACUACACAUGUGUGUGCGUGUGUGUGUCUAAUUGCGUACAAUAGGAAAGAAAGAUACAAACAUAUGACAAUACGUGUUGUCAGGUGCUGGCGUGGUUGCUGGAGAGCGAACAGGCAAGACUCCCACCGGUCUUUUCCAGGUUUUAUUAUCUGUACGAAACCUUUACAGUGCAGAGCGUCUCAAGUCCAUGUCUGCUCAGUCGCUAGCAGAAACUGGGAGUGGGCGGUCCUUAAACUUUCCCCAGCAUAGCAGUCUUUUGACCCCAAUCCUACGCCUUCCCUCUCUGCGUGUAAACCGACUGCGCAGAGAGGGCGUGGGCAAAGGGGGACCUGCCUCCCCCUGGCUUUGCUCAGGCUCGGUGUUGCAGCUCUCUCUAGCAUCUUCCGAGCCCUGCAUCCCUUCCCCACUGGAGGCGGGGCCUCCCUCCUCUCCAGAGGAAGAGCUGCUUCGCAUGAUCUUCGGAGGCUCCCUGUAACCCAACUGCCCUUCCACCUCUCACCUCUGAGAUGAUGGCAGUUCCCUGACACGUGUGUUAAAAAAAGAAACAAGUAAUGACACACAAACAAGUAAUGGCAUUUGUUUAGGACAACAUCGUGUCCCCACUGGAGAUUAUCCUUGGGAAAGGUUUAGAGCUCAGUGGUAGAGCAUGCAGCAGGUUGCAGGUUCAACCCCCAUCAUCUCCAGGUAGGGCUGAGAGAGACCCCUUUCUGAAAUCCUGGAGAGCCACUACCAAUCAGCAUAGCCAGUACUGAACUAGAUGGACCAAUGGUCUGUCUCAGUAUGAGGCAAUUUCCUGUGACAAUCUGUCAAUCCAGGAUACAUCAGGUUUGGUAACCUUGAAAUUCAAGUGCUCUGUUUAUCUUUGCAGCGCCGCUUACUGGUGUUCACAUGUAUCAUGUGACAACUCACUACAAAUGUCAUGGAUGGGGAAGGUGUGUAACACCAAGGAGAAAAAUGAAUAAUCAAAGCACCAACUUAUAUUUGUUAAAAUAAAUUAAAGUGACAGAAAACAGUUUAGUAGUUUAAGAGUUAGAAGGAAUAACUGAACACCUGUAAAUUUCUUCAAAUUAAAGGGAACUAUUGUACUUUCAAGUCAUCCCCUCGUGCUCAGUCAUUGAAGAACACAGAGUUGCGCAUAGAUCAGAGGACCACAGUUCUAGCUCAGCACAACAAGGUGAGCGAAACGCUACCUGCCUGCCUUUUGUUAGUUCAUGUCACAACCUUAAGAUUACUUUCUGAUGAUGAACUGCUGCCAGGGCAUUGAAGCCGCUGUUUGAAAGAGCUUUAAGAUUGUGAAAGCCCAGAGCCCAAUUGCCUUAUCCAGCAUUAACAAACUAUUUUGAAGGGUGGGUGGAAAGGCACGAACCUGUUCACAUGAGAUCUCAUAGCUGAUCAAAUCCAAAUGUAUUGGGCAGCUAAUUUAAUUUCCAGAGGGCAUGACAGAAUGCCCCAUUGACAAGAGAGCCUCUCGCCUCAUACUGACUCUGUCUUUCAUGGAUGUUUCAUUUAUCAGCAUCCUCAAGCAGCUAAAAAUGAGAAGAAACCGAAAGACAAAAUUGAAGAGAGUUGCCCUACUAUGUGACUGGCUUCUUGAAGUUAUUCUCCAAAGCCACCGCCUGGCCGCUUCCAAGUCUGCCUACCCAUUGCCCUUGACAAUGUGCUCUUGAUGCUUUUCAGCUGCAUCGAUACCCUGAAAGCCAAACUAGAUGCGAUGUUAAUUGUGAGAAUGCAAUACAUUUUUUUCUGUUAUGAAAACAAAAACCACUGGCAAAGUCUGAUCAAUGGGAGGUUCCCUUGAAAUAUAAACAGUAGCUUUGAAGAGGUGAUUUUUGUCAAGGCUGUGAAAGGGACACAGAGAGUUAAAUUUCUCUCCUCUUCCCUAUCCAAUAGUUCCAAGACUGCUCAGGCUUACCCACAAAGGCCAUUUACACAGAUAGUUCGGGAGUUGGAUAAUUCCAUACCCUCCACAUUUCUCCAAUGAAAACAGGGACAUCCUCCCAUACCCUCCAACAUUUCUCCAGUGAAAAUAGGGACAUCCUAAGGAAAAGCGGGACAUUCCACAAUCAAAACAGAAACUGGGAUGGCUUCUCUAAAUCAGGGACGUCCCUGGAAAACAGGGACACUUGGAGGGUCUGAAAUGGCCUGUUAUGGCCUUGCAAGAACCAUCCACUUCUAGGGCAAUAUUUUCCUGACAAAAGUUGCUCCAGCUGGCCAUUCCCAUUUAUUUUUUAAAAAUGCACUGCCUUUCUCUUAAAUUCAAGCAAUCAAAUGUAAUGUUCCGUUCACAGAAUUCAUUAUUUUCCCCUUUUAUUUAGGUUCAAAUAAACUGAUCUCUGGGAUAUUUGUUUAUAUCCCAUGUAAUGGAGCAUUUUAGUUCAUGGCCUAGGAUGCAAUGAACUGCUAUUAAAUAUGUAAGAGAGGGGAGGGAAACACUGCUAAAUAUUGAAACUUUUAAUUGAAACUGAUAGCUGAUAUUUUUACAGUUUCACAAUCCCACUGUCAUAAAUGCAGUUUCAGUGCGGGAUCCAUUCCCUGAUUUAAUUGGCAUUAUCUGCUAAUGCCAAGGCAGAGCAGCAUAUUUUAAAAUGUCGAGAUGGAUCGACAAGGAGACAGAUAUAUACAGAGGUGGACAAGAUGAAAAGAGAAAACAGGAUACUGAUUGCACAGACUAAAGUCUGAUUUCCAGUUAUUUCCCAGAGCCAGGCUGUGCAUAAUCUGAAACAGUUGCCCUUAAAAUUACAGGAGACAACUGCUAAAUAAAUAAAGGGCCAUAAAAUAACAUAAAAUAGAGCAUCACUGUUGGAUGGAAUAAAAUAUCAAUUUGCCAUGUGUUAUUAAAGCGUGUUCUCAUAAAAGAGAGAGCACGUGUUGCGGAUGGGGCCAAACAAAACCCCCUGUUAGUGACCAGGCCAUUGAUGGCAAUGGGCUGGAGCAGAUUGGAUGAUGCUGUUACUGGGGUAAAUUUGAUGUUGCCAAUUUAGGGGUGGGAUUAAUGGUUAUAUAUAAGCAGGGUCCACAGCUUUCUCUUUCUCUUUCGCUGUGGACACCGGAUCUUCAGUACCGGGGUGAAUCAGCGAGAGAUCUUGGUUGUAUAAAUCCUCUGAUUCUCCUCUUUUUCUUUUAAUUUUCUCCUCAUUAUUUUAAUUGAUAUAUCCCUGCUAAUUUAAUUUGAUUUCUUUGUGGCUUGCUUUCUUCCCUUUCUGGCGGCAGCCUUAGGCCGCCAAUAGGGGCGCCCGCCGUCGGGCGGCCUGUCUAGGGCCUGACUGUGGUCUUUGUUAAUACCCCCCUCCAGCUUCGUCGCGGCCUAGGCCGCAGCUGCGGGGACCCUACUGGGUCCUGGGGCUAGCCGGCUUUGGGCCUCUUCGCCAGGCCCCCUCCUAGCCCCCGUGAGCUCCCCGGUCCCUGAUUCCUUGCCCCCCCCCUCCCCGGUCACCGCGCUUCUGCGGCGGGCGCCGCGGUCGCGCGCGGCGGGCCCGGGCCGGCCGGCCCCGCCGCGUCUACGAUCCCCUGCUCCACGGGGAUCGUCUUGCGGCCUGCUAGGCCCGACUGGGGGCCUCCGCGGCCUCGGCCGCUCUGCCGGCUUGAUCCGGCGGGCGCUCGAGGCCUCGCGGCCCGCUCGGCUCGGCGGGGGCUUUCCCGCCUUUGAUUACUUUCCCCGGCUGGGGGUCCGCCCUGGAACGCGGCGCGGCGGCGUGGCCGACCGCUGAGGCCGACCCCCCGCGGGCGGCCGAGGCUCCGGCCCGGCAGCGCCGGGACCGUCCUCUGGCUGGGGCGGCCCAGCCGGGUGCCUGCGUGGCCGCGGCGGCCUUACCUCCUGGGGCCUUGGGGUGCCGGCGCCGUUGCGGCCUGCUGGGCUGAGCUGGGGGAGGAGGGCUUCCGUGGGCGGCAGCCCCCUCCUGUUCCUUUCUGGGGGUGAGGGGCCGUUCGGGCCUCGGAACCCCUGUGCUUUGCCCUGGUGGGCCUCUUGCAGGGUGCUGGGGUCGGCUCUAGCUGGCAUUUGAGCCCCUAUUGCCCCUUCGCAGUUGCGGAGGCAUCCCUUCACCCAUUUUAGGGCAAGAUAGGCGGGAGCGCCAUUUUGCCUUUGUUUCUGUCGACUGGCGGCCUCUUGUGGCCAGACUUAUAAUUACAGGCUUUUCAGAAUCCGAGGGCCUAGCAAUAGUGGAGGCCUCUAGUGGCCGGACCUGGUAAGUGCAGGAUUUUUCAGACACUGAGGGCCUAGAUCUGGUGGAGGCCCCUAGUGGCCACUGUGGUAUUGCAGGCUUUUGAACUACUUCCUGCUACUUGGUGCUGCUUUCUCAUUUAAUUCUUUAAUAAUCUUAUUACUUUCCCCCUAAUUUGGUGAUUUUCAUUUUAUUUUAUUUUAAUUUAAAUUUAUUUUCUUUUACACCAGUAGUAGGGAUGGCCCCAAGGAAGGCAACAAGGAAGUCUGGUCCGGCCUGCUCUGCAAAGCGGCCUAUAAGAGGCCCGUCGCAGGCCUUACGUUCUCCUGAUCCUGGCCAGUCGGUGGAACGCCUUCAAUCCAUGGUCUCUAGUUUGGCUGGUGACCCGGUGGCUCUGGCAAGGAUGGAGGCGGAGCUCGAGGGUUUGAUGCACCGCCGCUCAACCCCGUCGACUUCUUCUGCGACGCUGGCUCCCCCUGCGGUCGCUUCAUUUCCACCGUCAUCAUCCAGUGAAGAAGAAGGGGAGCCAUUGCCGGCCAGUGGAUACUUACCUGACACGCGACAGGCUCGGUCCCAGGUUCUGCCUGCGUCGCAGGUUGCCGUGCCACGGGUCGGGCUCCUUCCAGGGUUGGGGCCAGAAAGAGGGCACCUGCCCGGGGUCAUGUUGUGCGGGGUUCACCUGCGCGGCCCACAGUUGGGGGGAGUUCGAUCCCUGGUCAUUCACAAGUUGUGUCUUUCCAGUCACUUCCAGCCAUUCCGCAUCAGGGCGAUGCAUCAGAGUCGUCGGUCGAGGACAGCCUCCCUCUUCCUCCGAAGACCUCUUCGGGCGGUCAUCGCCGCCGCAAGAAAAGCUCUAGGAGGCGUGCCAAGAGGAGACGUAGAGACACCUCGUCCUCUUCAUCAGGUGCGUCUUCCCAGAGUUCCAGUAGUGACGAGGAAGCGCCCUUAAGUUAUACUGGGGUUUCGGAGAAGCCUCGGGGCUCCCAAAAUGGGUUUGGGAGCGGAGGGCGAAUUCCCAUAGGGCCAGGUAUGGAGCAGUGCAAGACUGCCUCGACGGGGUCCCGAUGCCUGAUGUAAAGGUCUCCACCAACUCGGCCAGGGAUAUUAUACCGGGGCUCACCUGUCAGCUAAAUUGCGUUCCAGGAUACUGGAUGGCCGCUAUGUUGAUAUAUUCAGCCUAGCCCCUCCGUUAGAAGGCCAGGACCCCUGGAUAGGGGCCCGCCUGUUACUAAGAAGCGGACGGUCAUAGCAAAGGCUGAUAGGACUUUUGAGCGAUGGUUAGAUAGUUUCCAGGUUUUUGCUGGAGUUGUGGCUGCGGCUUAUCCUAGGAGAUCCUUGCAUCUAUGGGUGUAUCUAUCCAUAGUCCGUUCCGCCUUCACAAUGGCCGGAGAAACUGCUGCGCUAGCUUACGACCAGAAUUUUAGGCGUAGGGCGGCCAAGAUCCCCACGGCCCGCUGGGAUCGGAAGGACUUGGAUGUCUGGACCACUUAUGUGGCCCCCCGUAUUGACAAGAAGGUUCCUGAUACCCAGAAAUUCAAGGUUGCCUCGACAAGGUUAGGCCGUAAGCCGUUCUGUUGGGAUUUCAAUAAGGGCGCUUGUACACGGCAAUCCUGUAAAUACGCACAUGUGUGCGACAAGUGCUCAGGGAGCCACUCCGCGUCCGCGUGUCUGGGAGGUCGCCGCCCCUUUCGGAAAGGAGGGGGCUCUCAGCAGCCCCCGAAAGCCGCUUCCCAAGUCCCUGCCGCGGGAGCAGGGAAGUAGUAUGCUUUCCUCCUUGGCUUAUACCCCGGUAAGGCUGCAACCGCUACUAUCGUUGUUGGAGUUAUACCCUGAUGCCAAAUCGGCGUCCUACUUGCGUGACGGUUUUUCUUUAGGUUUUAGAAUCCCGGUGGUCUCUACCCCGGUUGCCAAGAACCCAGCGAACCAAAAAUCAAUUAGGGAUAUGCCUGAAGUGGCGCGUAGGAAAAUUGGUAAAGAACUAGCUUUACGUCGCAUGGCCGGUCCUUUUGCUGCCCCCCCUUUUCCCAAUUUGCAUAUUUCACCUUUGGGUAUAGUUCCCAAAAAAGCUCCGGGGGAAUUUCGCCUAAUUCAUAAUCUCUCACAUCCUAGAGGCACGUCAGUAAAUGAUGUGAUUCCCCCGGAGCUUUGUUCGGUAAAGUACGCUUCUCUUGAUCACGCGAUCAAGAUGAUUCGGAAAUUCGGGCCGGGCGCCUUAUUGGCAAAAUGCGACAUUGAAUCAGCAUUUCGGCUGCUCCCAAUUCAUCCUGACGAUUUUUGGUUGCUGGGAUUUCAGUUCGAAGGCGGAUUCUACUUUGAUAAGGCUAUGCCCAUGGGCUGCUCAGUUGCCUGCGCGGCCUUUGAGUGUUUCAGUUCAUUUUUGGAGUGGGCCUUGCGUGAAAAGACCGGCCUGAGAGGUGUCACGCAUUAUCUCGAUGAUUUUUUGGUCGCCUCGGCUGGCAAUACGGGGGACUGCGUAGUGUUAUUGCAGGCCUUCGCUUCCUUAACGGAAGAUCUGGGUGUCCCUUUAGCGGCUGGGAAGACCGAGGGUCCUUCUACGCAGCUGACUUAUCUGGGUAUCUUGCUAGAUACCGUGGCUCAAACCUCCAGCUUGCCGCCCGAGAAAAUAAUCAAUUUGAGAAAGGUUAUUGAGGAUAUGAUUCCCUUAAAGAAGGUUUCCUUGCGGCAGCUCCAGUCGUUGCUGGGCCAUUUGAAUUUCGCUUGCAGGGUGGUUUCCCAGGGCGACCGCUUUGCUCCCGCUUGGCCAGACUUACCUCGGGUUUACAGGCCCCUCAUCACAGGGUGCGCCUUCCUGCUCAGGUAAGGGCUGACCUUGCUAUUUGGUUGGAAUUCUUGGAGGAAUUCAAUGGGGUGUCCUUGUGGCAGGACACCUUGAACCUCCACAACGACUUCCAGGUGCAGUCUGAUGCUGCUGGGUCCUUGGGGUUUGGCUUGUACUGGGACGGCAGGUGGUGUGCUGAGCGCUGGCCUCCUGCUUGGCGGGGGCAGGCUAUAACUCGGGACCUAACAUUUCUUGAGUUUUUUCCCAUCGUAGUGGCAGUGCACUUGUGGGUCGAGCAUUUUAGGGAUCAUCGAGUUUGUUUCUGGACUGAUAACCAGGCGGUGGUGAAUGUACUGGCCAAGCAGUCUUCACGGUCCCCUAGGGUAUCUGCCCUUCUUCGGGCCUUCGCUUUGCAUUGCUUGCGUUUUAACAUUGUGUUUUCUGCUCGUUUUGUCCCGGGAAUUUCUAAUGAAAUUGCUGAUGCUCUGUCCCGUUUUCAGAUGGAGCGUUUCAGGUCCCUGGUGCCAGUGGCUCGAGACCGUCCGGAAAUUUUCCCGGAUCAUCUCUGGAACCUUGGCAGAACUUAGUCUUACAGGGAGUAGCUGCAUCUGUUGCACCUUCUACCUUGAGGUCCUAUAAAAAGGCCUGGGCGGACUUUUUAUUAUUUAGUGGGCAGUCUGCGGGGGAAGUUACCACCUCCCAUUCCACCUCUCAGGUUCUCCGGUAUCUGGCACAUCUAUUCCAGUUGCGUCGGGCAGCCAGGACCCUACGUCUGCACUCGGCAGCAAUUUCCUUUUUUAAUAAGGCAUAUUUUAACAAAGACCCGUGUGGGAAGUUUGUAGUGCGUAGAGCCCUAGAGGGAUGGGGGCGACUCACUCCUUUCAGGCCCAUUUCCAGACGCCCCAUUACAUUUGAAUUGCUGGCGCAGAUGCGGUCUAAGCUGCGGAGCAUCUGUUGGUCAAAGUUUGAGGCUCGGCUAUUUUCAGCAGCCUUUUCGUUAGCUUUCUUUGGGGCCCUGAGAGUCGGAGAGGUGGUCCUUGAGCCCAAAAGGGACGGAGGUUCAAGGGGUCUGCUGAUGCAGGACGUUAGUGUGUCUUCAAUGGACCUGCAGGUUAAUGUCAGGAACUCAAAGACGGACCAACUAGGCAGGGGUGCUGUUAUUACGCUCCCUGCGACUGGCAAAAGUGGCCCUUGCCCGGUGAAAGACCUUAGGAAGUAUUUAGCCUUGCGUCCUGGCGGUGAAGGGCCCCUGUUCGUUCACGAAAAUGGCCGCCCACUGGUGAGACACCAGUUUACUGGUGUGUUGCGUAAAGCGGUGGCGGCUUGCGGCCUUCCGGCUUCGGAGUUUGCCCCUCACUCAUUUAGGAUUGGGGCUGCUACAACCGCCGCCCAUUGGGGUUUGUCAGUAAAGAGGAUAAAGGACCUGGGACGGUGGAGAUCGGAUGCAUUCAAAGUCUACGUGCGGUAAUAAUGAGUUGCUGUAUUUACCUGUGUGUGUUUUAACCCUAGGUCGGGCUGCUAUCCAUAUCUGGAUAGUAGGGCACAGUAUUGUGCACUGGGCUGCGGACAGAGCUCGCCAGUCCGGACUGGGUGAUGGCCUGGGAUUCCCGCAGCAUGUACAUGUGUCCUGGAUCUCCAGAAGGGGGAUGCUUUGGAGGGAAUUCUUACCUCUCAUGCGAAGGCGUGUCCUCCAGUGUGGCCCUCCUUCAGCGAUCGUGGUGCAGCUCGGGGAGAACGAUAUGGUUUCUUCUUCCUGCUACGGGCUGCGUGCUGCCAUAUUACAGGACCUUGGAGAGCUGGCGGCACUGGUGCCGGCAACUAAGUUAAUCUGGUCACAGCUACUGCAACGCCGCAUUUGGCGAGGUAGUCCUUGCCCAGCUGCCACCGAACGUGUGAGGAAGCGGAUUAAUUCCGCGGCAAGCAAGCUGGUGGUGAAUCUGGGUGGGUCUGUGAUCCCUCACCCUCUUAUUUCAUUCAAGGCGAUGGAAUUUUACAGGGAUGACGGGGUUCAUCUCUCGCCAGUGGGGAAUGAUGUGUGGUUGGAUGCUAUGGUGUCCAAGCUGAGGGUAUGGCUUAAUUUGUGAGUGGUUGGCGGCGAGCGUAGGGGCUCGAAUGGCGGUUAGGCAUUGGUUAAAAUUGGUUGGUGGAGGGGUAUGGAUUGGCUGUGCCUGCCCCUCCAAUGCUGCUGCUGACGGGUAUUCCGUUAAAGGAAUUCUGAAGCUUACCAUCCCCUUCGUCCAAACCCUGACGGCAGGGUGCGGGCCGCGUAAGCUUCAAGGAACAAGCGCGGAGUAGAUGAGGGCCUGUGACGCAGCUCCAUCUGACUCUGGCCUUGCUUCCUCCGGGACUGACUAGGGAGUCAGUGCUGUCCCCCAAGGCGGGGGGGGGGACAGGUAGUCAUAACCAAUGCCUAAGCAACCACUCUCAAUUUGUAUGAAAAUAAAGUUGUGGCCAAAAUUAUGCCAAAAACCUUAAACAAAAAUUACGUGUGAUGUCUGAGUUAUUGGGGUACGGGUUUUGGGGGACCUCAGCACGCAAAGCGUGUUCUCAUAAAAGAGAGAGCACGUGUUGCGGAUGGGGCCAAACAAACCCCCUGUUAGUGACCAGGCCAUUGAUGGCAAUGGGCUGGAGCAGAUUGGAUGAUGCUGUUACUGGGGUAAAUUUGAUGUUGCCAAUUUAGGGGUGGGAUUAAUGGUUAUAUAUAAGCAGGGUCCACAGCUUUCUCUUUCUCUUUCGCUGUGGACACCGGAUCUCCCGCCCGCCCUCCCUUGAUUGGGCUUGCGCUUUGACCUUGCUCUGCCUGUCAUGGGGUCGUUCGCAUUGGUGCGGGGGCCCAGUAGGAAUUUGUCCAAUUGGCUGAUUAGUGCGUGCCUUUUGGGUUUUGCCUACUGCUUAGCAAAUCGUCACAACUUGUAAGGUUGGCGGUUAGGCAUUGGUUAAAAUUGGUUGGUGGAGGGGUAUGGAUUGGCUGUGCCUGCCCCUCCAAUGCUGCUGCUGACGGGUAUUCCGUUAAAGGAAUUCUGAAGCUUACCAUCCCCUUCGUCCAAACCCUGACGGCAGGGUGCGGGCCGCGUAAGCUUCAAGGAACAAGCGCGGAGUAGAUGAGGGCCUGUGACGCAGCUCCAUCUGACUCUGGCCUUGCUUCCUCCGGGACUGACUAGGGAGUCAGUGCUGUCCCCCAAGGCGGGGGGGGGGACAGGUAGUCAUAACCAAUGCCUAAGCAACCACUCUCAAUUUGUAUGAAAAUAAAGUUGUGGCCAAAAUUAUGCCAAAAACCUUAAACAAAAAUUACGUGUGAUGUCUGAGUUAUUGGGGUACGGGUUUUGGGGGACCUCAGCACGCAAUGCCGACAUUUGAAUAGAUUCCAUAUGAUAAUUCCUUCAGUUUAGUUUAACAAGAGCAAAGAUUAGAGGCUUUUCUAAAAUCAUCAUGAAGUUCAUGCUGUUUUUUUAGGAGCCAAAAUAUAGCGCUGAGUUGUGAGCCAAUUUAGCUCUGUACUUGAGAACAAAGAGUAAUUUUUUUCCGCUCAGCGCUUCUCAGUGGAUAUGUAGAUGAGCUGUGAGAUGCUGCCUGCCUGAAAUAUUCAGAAGUGGAUUCCCAAACAGAAUAAAAACUGUAAUGUAGAACAUAUCAUAGCUUCCCACCCCCCUUUGACUAAUUUCUAGCUCUGGGCUUUAUUCUUUACAACAUUGCUUCUAUGACUGCUGGCUUGUGGAACCUUUCUGGGCCCGGUUGGCUUCUCAGCUGCAUAAGGCAUACUCCAGUCUCUUAACCAUAAGAAGAAAGAAUUGCCUGCAGCUCAGCCUAGUCUGAGUGGCACAUAUGGCAAUUGAUUAACUACAUGCGCUAUCAGAGAAUUUCAGCUACAUUUGCCUGUUCGUUAAUUAUCUUUUCUCUUAACUUCCUAUAGUCAAAUGCUCAAAUGGAGUUCCGGAUCUACUUCGGUGUCGAAACUGGUGUCGGAAUGCAUGCCCUUUUUAAGAUAAAGGGAAUACACAAAGGGUUGGAAGGCCACCCUACUAGCAUCCUCAUGUCAAGGUACUUUUCAAGUAUAGAUUGUGGCAACCUAUUACAUGGGCAGAAGAGUGUAGACUUUAUGCAGUAAUGCGGCUAAUCCAUGCACAUCUGUUAAUUGUCAAAUCAUUUAUUCAGGUACUCAGAGAAGUCUAGGACACUCAAUAAGGAUUUGUUCCUCCUCUCCUUCCUUUAAUGUAAAGGUAAAGGUGAAGGGACCCCUGACCAUUAGGUCCAGUCGUGACCAACUCUGGGGUUGCGGCGUUCAUCUUGCUUUACUGGCCAAGGGAGCCGGUGUACAGCUUCUGGGUCAUGUGGCCAGCAUGACUAAGCCACUUCUGGCGAACCAGAGCAGCGCACGGAAACGCCAAUUACCUUCCCGCCGGAGCGGUACCUAUUUAUCGACUUGCACUUUGACAUGUUUUCGAACUGCUAGGUUGGCAGGAGCAGGGACCGAGCAACGGGAGCUCACCCUGUCACGGGGAUUCGAACUGCUGACCUUCUGAUCAGCAAGUCCUAGUCUCUGUGGUUUAAUUGCUUCCCAUCAAAUAUCUCAAAAGCGGUUUCACAAUAAAAGCAUCAGCUAUAAAAACAAUUAUACAGUUUCUCAUACACACACACACACACACACACACACACACAUAAUGAUGUGAAAACGAUUGGAGGCCCAGUACAGACUGGAAUAAAGGUCUCUGCUUAAAAGGCUUGUUGAAAAAGCAAGGUCUUGGACAAAAGAAGCAGGGCCUGUCUGAUAUGUACCAGGAGGGAGUGACCAUUGCACUUCAUAGCUGAUAUCAACCAACUUUUUUCUAGCCAAGUCAAUAUGGUGGCUAGGGCCUCAUUGAUAGAGAGGCGUCUUCGAGCUGCCUUGAAAGAGACAGUGGUCAAUCCGUUGCUUAAAAGACCAUCAUUGGGCUCUGCUGAAACUGGCAACUAAAGGCCAGUCUCUAAUUUGCCAUUUCUAAGUCAUAGCCAGGCACUUUUGGAUGAAAUUGAUCACCUGGAUCCAUAUCAGUCUGGUUUCUGUUACAGUUUUGGGAUAGAGAUGGCCUUGAACCCUUUGUAGACUACUACUACUAGUAGUAGUAGUAGUAAUUUACCUUUACUAAUUCAUAAAUGGAAAUAACUAAAUAACUCCCGUACACUCUCCCAAAACCAGUUACUUCCUUUGACACACCACUGCCCUGACCCACCCUUCUGUUGCUCCACCAGGUACAUAAAUGACCAACUCACCUGACUAAACACACCAAAGGUUUCUAAGCCUCUCUUUCCCCAUCCACAUCCUUGCUAUUUCACCAAAGGAUGGACGGAAGACCACCCUAGUCUCGCUCUGGGAAGAAGAGGUAACAAAGCCCACUUGUUAAGCCCCUGCUUCUGUGACUGAGAUGGGCUAGUCUGCUUGAGGAGGCUAGAUAAAAGCCCCCCUCCUCACCAGAAGAACAGAAUUCCUGACCUUCAGCCUUGCAUCAACCGUUCUGGUAGACAUUCCUCUGCACUGUCCUUUGGUCAUGCCAAACAGAGCAGAGCAAGGUAGUGUUUAUGAUCAGAGGGGAUACAGGCAGGAAGAAGGUUAGCCUGCCAAAGAGGCUGUUAGAAAAGGUUCAACACUGAUGGAGUCUGUGGUGUCAAAGGAUUGGAGAUGCGUACACCCACUCUUCUGAGAAGCCAAGGAACCAGGCCUCCUUAUCACCCAAGUCUCAAGUGCAUGGUCUUAACCAGGGCCCCAAAUCUGCCCCAAAUAGGGGACUAUUGCGAGGGCAUUGACACCGCAGAUGCUCAGGCAGUGCAGUAAUUUAGGAUUAGGAUGCUUCUUUCCACCUCGACUAGAUUGGUUCCUUCUGUCCCAACACGGAAUAAGCUCAUCUUAAAUACCAAGCUCUUUCUUGACAGCUCACAAGCUGUGGGAGGGGAAAAGAAAGCAGCCUGCGUCGUUUUACCGAUUGUUCAUUUAGCUUCAAAAGGUGGAUUUUCUAAACAGCAUUUUCUACAUUGUUUUUUUCCCCCUCCUGUUAAUUCAUUUUAAUUCCGUACUGCAUUUUCCUGGUUUUAGGGCUGGGAGGUAUACUGUACAUGCACUGCAUUUUGCAGGGUUUUAAAAGGCUGCUUUAAUGAAUUCUUAAUUACAUUAUUCAAAAGAUCCAUUAUUCAGUAUUCAUCUCACUUCUAAAUGAAAGUCUUUACCUGACAUAUGAAUGAAAUGAGUCUAAAUGCUUUGCAUGCCACCUAGGGAUUCAUAAUAGACUCCUUGCUGAAUGGCAGCAGCAGGUCCCCCCCUUUUUUCUGCUUUAAAUUUACAGGGAUUGUUUGUGGAGAUGAACAGAUAUGAGCUACUCUGCCAGACCCUAAACUCUCUCCAGGCACAUUCUAAACCUCUUAGUGCCUGGGAGAUGAAGGUAACGCCCUAGUUAUUGCAGUGGCAGGGCUGGAAGCCGAGAAGCUGAUAAAUGGGAGCAGAUACCAAUCUAACAGCACAAUCUUAUACAUGUCUACUCAGAAGCAAAGAUGAAGGAGAAAUUAGAAUUCGAAUCGCACAUAAAGACAGGCCUUCCCAAGUUGCACUUGCUGAACAAAUACAUAAACUGAAACACAGACAUUGUUCAAAAUCCGAAUUUUGCAAUGCGUUUCUCCAGCCAACCGGUGUUUGCAAAAAUGUGUAGUCUAGGGUAAAGUGUGCAUUAAAAUGCUCAGAUCAGUGAAAUUUACACCCAAAAAUUCAUUACAUUGGGGAAAAUUGCUUUGCAAAAAUGUUUACAUUGGACAAAAUGGCAUACAAAAAUGUGAAUAUUUGGAGAAAUUCGCCCUAAAAUGAUGAUGAAAUUUCAAGAGGGCCAAACAAAUAAACUGAUAUGGAAAUAUGAAUUAGAAAUAUGAGAAACCAAAAUUGACAGAUUAACACAAUCCCUACUUAGAAGUAAAUCCAACUGGGUUUGGUGGGGCUUAAUCACAGGUAAGUGAGGAGAAGAUAACAAAAUGAAUUUUGUGGCACCUUAAACAGAUUAAUAUCAAACAGAUUUAUUGUUAUACAAAUCUGUGCUGUAGAAUGUAGACGUUUGUGCCAAAAUAACAUUACAAUUCUAACCGUGCUUACUCUGAAGCAAGUAUCACUGUGGCCUAUCCCCAGGCAAAUGUAUAGAGAACUGAAGUCUAUGUAUCUACAUACCUGACAGUAAAUCCCACUGAACAUGAUGGGGCUAAUUUUUGAGCAAAUAUGCAUUGAAUUGCACUGCCAACCUACUAUUGGUCUUGCAAGGUACCACAACUCUUCUUUGUGUUUGCAGCAGCAGACUUAGAAUAGCCACCCCUUUAGAAUUUGCAUCCAGAUGAUUGUUUUACUGUGCAAUAAUAAAAGACACAGUUGUUGUAAAUAGCCACAUGUUCAAAGCAUCUGUUGCAGGGAAAUGACAUUUCCCCAAUACUGAGCCUGAUAGAGAAUAAAAUCAACAAUGAUUUUAAUUAUGGAAAGAAACAGAUGGCAAAAAUGCAGUAUAGUCACAAGUGGAGCAAGUGUAAUGUUUUAGAUCAGCCUGACAAUGUUGACUUUUCCAUUCUGUCCACCAUGAUACUUUAGUAUGAAGCAGAAGAAAAUGUAAAUAUUAAUAUAUGGGGUCAUCUAUAGUUUUAAAAAGGAGAGUACAGGAAGAUUUCAUGAGCGUUAAAAGUGAAAUCAUCUUCUUGCUUGUAAGGUGUAUGACAGGGGUGGUCCAAUGGGGGCGCAAACUGAUAAAAAUUGGGCAGGAGGUGUUGAGGCCUCUUUGUGCCCAUGUCUUAAGUGCAGCAAGGCUGAAGUCUCAAUCUCCCAAUGGAUGAAUUGCUAGCUAUAGAUGCCACCCACCUUAAUAGACCUAUUUAAGAACUGUAAUCCACACAAGAGACUCAGUGUGUCAUGGCUCCAAUUAUUAUUUUCCUCAAUUAUUAUUUCCUUUCUUUAUUCCAGUUUUUACUGUGAUGAAUUUCCCAAAGUCAAAGUACAGGUUUUAUUAUAUGCUGAUUCCUUUCCAAAUAUUUGCAUUUAGUAAAUGGACACUUUAAACAAGCGACAAUUUGGGAGUCUGACAUAAAAUGUUGGACCCAAUCAUAACAGGUGGGGAGAGAUUUUUAUUUCAUUUAAGAAGUGGCUUCUUCCGUGCCCCCUUUGUUAAAGUGAGGAAUAGGUGUUGCCUAUGUGAUCCAUACUACAAUGAUAGAGACUUAAUGACAGUUAACAAACCAGGUUAAUAAGCCAGGAUCUGAUCUGACUUGGCCUCUGGCACAGAAGUUCCAUUUCCAAGGUUCCUCAGGGAGGACGAUUAAACCAUUUUAAGUCUCUAUCAUUUUCUGCUUCAGAUGUUUAUGGGCGAAUGUUGGCUUAAUGUAAGCCAAGAUUUCCACACCAAGACCAGUGUGCAACCAGAAAAGGGGAGGGGUUUGUGAAUCUCUGGGGAAAUGACUGAGCAUGGUGAGAAUCUUGCCUUUGUGUGUCUAGAUUCAGUAGAAGAAAAAUGGUCCAUUUUCCAGUUCUUUCCUUUAAACACCAUUGUAUUUGGUUUGGGGUUCCUAUUAGGUAGGACAGACAUCAUUGUCAGUGCCAACUAUAUAGAAAUCACGGAAAAUAAUGACUUAUUUCUGUAAGUCAAUUGCAUCUAAGCCUUCUCUGUAGAAUACAAAUAUAACAACAUAUAAUAACACAUUCCUUAACUUCCUGGGUACACCAGUAAGACUAAAUGAGGACAUCAGGAAGUUUAAAAGAACCAUUUGAUGUGAUAACAGUGUCUUUAUACUAAUAUGGUGUCUAAUUUCCUGUCUUUCCCUCUUAGAAAAAAAAAUUAUUAAAAUGUAUAAUCACUUCCUCUAUAUAACUGUCAUUUGAGCUAAAAAAAAAACCACCUUCAUUUUUUUUAAUGGUGCUGUCUUUUGUCAUUACAACUGCAGGAAUUUCAAACUAGUAUUUGAAAAGAUACAGCCAUAGGUAGAAUUUAUCAACACAAAACUAUACCUUGCUCAAAUCUCUGAGUGCUGUUUUCAAUGGAUUUUAUCACUCAGGGGAAAGAAGUGUGAUUAUAUAGAUAAAGGAUCCAAAUGAAUGCUCAAUAAAUAAAUAAAUGGUCUAAUAAUAGCCAAGAAAUUCUGAACAAUACUGCUCAAGGAGUAACAACUAAAGGAUGAUUCACAGGACUGAAAAUUGUCCUUAACUGUGCAGGGAAUUGAAUGCCCAUUUUAGCUGGCUGUGCUGUAAAGUGGGUGUCAGAUUGCUGCAUAAUGCGGCCAGAAGACUGUGGUGCUAUCAGGGUAAAACUUUCUUUUUAUAUAAUAUUUUUUAUUAGUUUUCAAUUACAAUAAUCCACUAAUAGCCACAUUAUAACAAUGUCAAAUUAUAAUACAAUUAAUAAUACCAAUAAUUGAUAUGACAAAUUAUACAAUUUAGGUGGCCUCCCGCGUGAUAGAAUUGAUGGUUUGACGAUUUACAGGGUCAAACUUUCAGGCAGAAGCCCAUGACCCACCCCACCCCAAUUUAGCAAGGCUGACUUACCACAUUUUGAAGUAAGCAAAGCAAUGUGCGUUACAAACAAGAGAGGAUCCAUCCCUGUAAGAUCAUGGAGUUCAUAGUCUGAAAUUACCUAACAGCACUGCUGUCAGGAUAUUUUUUCAGCAUGUAUUUAGGAAUGGUUAGGGUUAGGGUUGCUGUGUUGGGAUGGUGGGGCUGAUGAAGGUCAAGAUGGGCAGAAGUGCAUCUCCUCACCCUACUCCCCACUGGCCAUAUGAAGGUAUGGAGCCAUAGGUCAGCUGGCAUGUGCUAUUUUAAAGCUUUAAACUUGGAGUUAACGAUGGGUAUAAAACGACACGCUCCAAAUCACCUAACCUUCUUAGCUGCUUAAAAGAGUAUAUAAUCUGCUCAAAUAUUAUACAACCUUUGAAGUGAAACAGUGAAAAUCAUCUGUGCUACCAGUCUUCACUCUGCCUCAAGGUUUAUUUGCCAGGACAUUUGGGUCAUAGAUCUGUUGCUGUUGUUGUUGUUUUUCUUCCUGAAUACUGAGCAGUGGAUUACGCACCUGAGCUUUGCUCUAGCCAGGACUUCUGGAGCUUAUAAAUCUUGAAUUCACUUUCAAUUAUUCUAGGGAGAGAACACACCUACAGUCAUAACUUUAGUUGUCAACCUCAUGGCACCUGGCUAUUCAGAAGCCAAUGCACCAAUUUUCUUCUUUGUUUCUUCUUAAAAUUUCAUUCCAGACAUUAUACACAUACAUGUGCACACACAUUUAGUGAUUAACUGCAUCCUGCCAAGAUCCAAAACAAGCUUACCUAAGUUUCUACUGUCUGUCUGUUUGUCUGUCUGUCUACCCAUCCAUGUCUUUUCAUUCAUGUAAAAGAGCAGGAAUUGUUGGUACUCAAGAAUUUCACUGGUACAGCACAGUAAGAGAUAGAAACUCUUGUCCCUCCAGAUGUUAAACUCCAGCUUCCAUCUGCUGCAGCUAGCAUGGCCAAUGGUCAAGGAUGAUGGGAGUUAUCAUCCAGCAAUAUCUGGAAGGCCAUGUGUCCCCCAUCCCUAUUGUCCAGAAUGAGCUCAGGUUGAGGCCUCUACUCUGCCAUGAACUAAAUCUAAGUUACCUCAUUGGGUCAUUGAUAUGACUAACUCUUGGCCCCUGCUCUGGGUUCUUGAGGUUGAGCAACAAGGGAAACAAGACUGCUUGCUGCCAAGUCUUUUACUCCACUAUGCUGGUGACAAAUGACUAGUCAAUGGCCUGGUUCACACUUGAUAACUGCGGCGGGAAGGAUGACUUUCCAUUGCCUAUUGCCAUAGAGAGACCUUUCAUAUCACCUUACUUCAAAGCCAACAGUUUUCAGUGGAGUCUAGUUACACAUAAGCUCCGAGUCUCAGAGGCUGUCACAAAUCCUGAACACACUUAUGGAAGAGUAAGUGCCAGCGAAAUAAAUAGGGAUUACUUCUGAGUAGCUUAUAAAUGUUGAGCAAGGAAGUGAAGAAUAGGCAUGUGUGAAGGCGCCCAAUGGAAGAGCAAGGAAAUAGGAAAACACAGGGCGGGAAAGCGUGUUACACGGUCCAUUUUCAAUUUGCAAGCAAAUCGAGGCAACUCAUGAUUCCACACAGCGCCCUUGUCAAGCCCCUCACAAUAUGCUUCUGAUUAGCAGUUGCUCAGUUUUAUCCUGCUGGUGCCCUGCACUGUGGAGAUGUUUGUCUCCCAAAUUGUAGAUUCCUUUUGAAAAUCCUUAGCUGUCUUACUUUUGCACCACACAAUCCAAUACACAAAUAGCAUUGUGCACAUAUGGAAGUCUUCAUGGCGACGCAUACAUAUUCCCAGUCAAAACUAUUUUACAAACCCUAAUGCUUUGCAGAUGAAAACACAGAAAAGACGACAGUUUUUAAACGGUAAUGUUUUUUGACGUUGUUCAAUCUUGUUUUAGUAAUUGACAUAAACAUGUUUAAAAAGGACUAUUAAUAGAACGAGCAUGCCUGAUUUUUUUUAAAAAAAUGUUUUCAGUGCUGUACAGCUGUAGAAUUAGUAAUCAUUACAUUUUUCUGUUUGUGAUUAUUUGGCUACUCCUGUAAAUAAAGAACCAGCCUUUAAAAUAUUCUCAUUAAUCAUAAAAAUGCCAUUGUCUCAACUGGCUGCAAGAAAUUCACACUGAUCUCUGCCUUGCCUUGUUGCUGUUAUGUGUCUUCUUUUUCAUAUGAUUAGUAUUAUUAGUGGCGGUAAAAUAUGGUUUACCCCACAGAUAAUUGAGGGAAAUUUUCAUAUUGUAGCUCAUCAACUUUGAGCUUGUGUAUUCUGCCUCCAGACCUAUGUUACAUAACAAUCUGUGCCUGAAAUGUACCCAUAAAAUUGGUAGCAGUCCAAAGUAUUUGGAGUUGCAGGGCAGAAAGAUUAUAUUGGUGGGCAGCUAAUAGCUGGAAUAAUCUUGAGCAGCUUUCCUCAAGAUGUUUUGGACUACAAGUUUCAUUAUGAGACUUCUGCUUUGUUUUUGUUUUUUUAAACUCAAACUUUAACGGUGCCCUUCAUGAUAACCUCUGGAAGUAUUGGCCUACAAUUUGGCAGGCUAAAACUGCUCUGGAGGUACAGCUAGACCAGCAAAUUCCAUCUAUUUCCUGAUUAUAGUUUACUUUGAGCUGUUGUGCAACAAACUCGCUCCUCCCCCCAAAAAAGUGAACUUUUUGUGACAAGGGAAAUGACAGGGGGAUGCAGUGGGAAGGGUAGGAUAACACUUGCUUUGAGGCAAUGUCAUCUAACCUGCCCACAAAGAAACCAGAAUGAAUGCUCAUCGAAUAGCCAACAUUGUCUAAUCUCUCAGCAAACAAAUCAGGAUGACUGCCCAAUAAACAGGUUGUCUGGAAGUGCUCACUGUCCCUUCAUGCCAACAAGGGAGAGCCAUGUGUGGGGCACUGCGAGCCUCAGGACGCAAUGGACUACAAACACAUUUUUAUGUGUGUGAACAUGGAAUUUAAAAUCUCAUUGCCCCAUAGCACCCAUUCUAUCCUCCAGUUCGUUUAUCUCAUCUAAUCCUAGAAAUUAUUCACUCUGCCCUUCUUUUCAAUUAGACUCCUUUAAAGGAAAAAGAACCUCAACGGAAUAGCAGGGAAGUUAAAUUUGAAAUCAACUGAAUGCCCUCAAUUGUAGGGGCAUAAGGCGCUUUUCAGCUCAGCUUCAACUUUGUCCCUAAUGAGGGUCCUGUGGAAAAGCUCAUUCAAAGAUCAGAAUAGGCCAGACUGUUGUGCAUUUCAGCUCCUUCCAGGGAGUUCAGUCGAACAAUUUCCCCUUGUCAAAUGGUAGCAACAAAAUUCAGGUGAUGUAAAACUGAUCAUUUUAAUUCUGCCAUUUAAGUGUAAUUGUAAUUUUAUUUUAUUUGUUUUUAUCUUUUCUAAAGCACUCCGAGAGGUCCAAAGAAAGGUGUUCUACAAUUGCAAGUGCUGGAAGUGAUUGACAAAUUAUUUUACAACUGGCACUUAUUAUUCCUUUUAUUAAGAAUAAAGUGGCUUUUAGAGCAAAAACAAUAGGGUGAAAAGGGGAUCUUUUAUGCACUCAUUACAAAUAGAAAAUUGGAAAGGAAAAGUUGUAAUAAAAGCUAAGGGUAUAAUCCACCAGAAAGUUCUCCCCUGAAAGCUCCAUUGAAAUGAAUGGGAACUUUGUACUAGUAUUCAUUUCAGUGGGGUGUGCAUAGGAGGAAUUCAUGGCAAAUUGUGCUCCAAAUGGUUUUAUCAGUGCCUGCACUUCUCAAGUUGUAUGUAAAGAAGCUGUCAAGUAAUCCAAUGGACGCACAAGCAGUGGUCCUUUGAUAGGAUCAGAGAAAGAUUGCCCUAAGGAGUAAAUGGCAGACUAAGUAACAACCCACCUCAUCAUAGAAAGCUGAAGGCCCUGAUCCAGCUAAGGUCAAGCAUAACUAGUAAGUAGGAAUGGGGGAAAAUUCAAUUCACAUUUAUAGGUAAACCUACCUAAUUAACAUGUUUCUGAAUUUUGCAGAGCAGUUUUCUAGCCACGCAACAUGUACAAAAAUGCAUAUCCUAGGGUAAGGUGCAUAAAAUGCAUAUAUGCCUGAAAACAUAAUGCAUUUUAUUGCAGAAAAUUGCUUUGCCAGAAGGGAUAUGUUAGGCAAAAUUGCAUUCCAAAAUGUGUAUAUUGGGAGACAUUUGCAUAAAAAUGCCGAGUAAUUUUCAUGAGGACUUGCUUAAAAAUUGGAAACUGAUGUGUAUAUAUAUGGAGAACCGAACUUCAGAUAGGAAAAAAACAGCUACUGAAAGAAACAGAAAUUGACAAAUUCUCCCAUCUCUACUAGUGAGUCAUAACUAGUGAGUCAUAACUCUCAUUUAACCCUACUGGAACAAAUCAGUAAAUAUGAAUGUCACUCCCUGCUGCUUUCAGUGGGACUUAGUGGUGGCAAACAUUAGCUGGACUGAGGCCAGGGAAGCUUCUUUUAAAAGUUGUUUUCACUUGGGAUUGUUGUUGAAGAAAAUGCAUUACAUAAAAGGCUCCUCUUUAACACCUGCCAUGUUUCUUUCAAAUCACAGUGCACAGGGAUGUACAUUCCUUUUAGGUGCAUGUACAUAACACAUUUUGGCCCUACUCUACGUAUAUGAACAUACUGCAUUGCAUUCCUUCCUGACAAUUAAGAAGUCAGAUUCUGGCAGCACCAGUCACUUGGGGUCAUUGCUGGGUUGCUGUUUUAAAGGGAGGCAGGAGAUGGAGUUGGAUUCAGUCCUUCAUUCGGCCAGGAAUCUUCUCUGCAUAUGGCUGCCAAUCCAACAAGAUUUAUAUUCAAUAAGGGAGCUACAUUUGGAAACAUAAAAUCCAAUUUAGUGAUAAAUUAAGGUCUUCAGGGGCAAAUAUAUGAGCUAAUCUUCUUAAUUGUCAGGUAGGUGUGUGGAGCAGAUGUUGAAAAAGCUUCCAUCUUUUUUGCAGAUGUUGAAAGCAGAUGCUAACGCAAUGCCUAGUUUUCAAAUGAAGCUCCCUUCUUGAAUAUAAAUCUCAUUGGAUUGGCAAAGGUAUGGAGACACAGUUCCUGAAUGAAUCCACCUUCUAGGGCUGAAUCCAAUCCCAUCUGUCAUCAGAACCUAGGGGAAUGGUGCUACCAAAUGAGUUUCUUUAUAUGUUUUCCAUUUUGGUUACUAUGCGAAACGAGAGUGCAAUUUCAGACAGGCCUUUGAAGAAGCUGACUUGCAAGUAUGUGUUUUAGUUGGUUUAAACUGCUUGUUUUAUAGAUGUUUUACCUGCUUUGUUUUUAUACUUGACUUAUUUAGUAUGCUACUGCUUUUUUAAAAAUUGUAUUUACAUUAUUGCUGUUAUCUGCAUUGAGCAUCAUUUGGUGAAAGGCACAAUAAGUAUUUAUCUAACAAAUUUCCUUGGAGGCCUUUUGCAUAUGUCUUCAGCAGCUUUAGCUGUCCCUACCAGUUUGCUGUCAUCUGCAAAUUUGAUGAGCAUCCCCUCAAUUUUCCCAAGAUUAUGAGGAACUAUUAGUGAGCACUCUUUGGGUUCAGUCAGUCAGCCAGCUACAAAUUCAACUAACAGUUACCUCAUGCAGCCCACAUUUUAUCAGCUUUGUCAAAGCCCUCACUGAAAUCAAGAUACACUACAUCCACAGCAUUCCCAUGAUCCACCAAGCUUGUAACUCUGUGGAAAAAAGAAAUGAGAUUUGUCUGGUGUGACUUGUUAUUGAGAAACCCAUGUUGGGUCUUUGGAACCACAACAUCCUUUUCUAAGUGCUCACAGAUCAACCAUUUAAUUAUCUGUUCUAGGAGCUUUCCUGACCAGUCAGUAGUUACACGGGUCUUUCUUUUUACCCCCUUUUGAAGAUAGGGACAACAUUUGCCCACCUCUAGUCUGCAGGAACCUCACCUCUUCCUCAAGAAUUCUUAAGGAUUAUAGACAGCGGCUCUGAGAUUACACGCACAAGCCCCUUCAGUACCCUUGGGUACUAAAUAAUCAUUGGAGAAGAGAAAGAUGGGAAUAAGCAAGAUAUAAGGGGAGAGAACGAAAAGUAUAUUAUGACAGAAAGAUACACAGCAGGAGCCAGGAUCGUAGAAUAUACACUGACUAUAUCUUUGGUGAUGGAGCACAUCAAAGGAUAAACAUAGUGAAAAGACAAUGGGAUUCACAAUGAGGAGGAACAUGCUGGCACUCGAAGACUCAACUGAAUACGUUACAGGAAUAAUUUGUCUCACCAAAGACAGUGAUUUGUCUGCCAGGAGUAAUGUUAAAGGCAACACUGAGAGGGAACAGACUAUAUAUAUAUAUAUAUAUAUAUAUAUAUAUAUGCCAUAAGAUUGCUUCAUUUGGAGUGCUAGGUAUAAAUGACAUUAAAUUGGGAGAGGGGGAGCAUGUUUGCAAGAUAAAACCAAGACAUCUUACUUGAAGGGGUGUGGGGGUGCUUUCAUGUUUGCACUGCUACUUAAGAGAUGACUUUCUGAUGAUGAUUAGGGAGUAAAUUAAUGGUUUUCUAAAUGUAGAUAGGAUGGAUAUGUGCAACCUGCGGAUAAGCAAGAGUGAUUUGAAAGUAGGGGAGGAGACAGGUUGUCUCUUAAAAGAAUGCAGCAGAGCAGACAACUGCUGAAUGGGAAGAUGAAGGUGGUAAUUAUUUAAGCGCUUCCUUGAUAUCAAAGCAGAGUUAACUUAACCCUCCCACCAGUGAUCUUGCUGCUUGCUAGAAAGAGUUUUGAGUCAUAGUUGCCUACUGGAUGAGGAAACCGACAAUGUGCCUUGCAAGACGUAGGCAACGGAGAACAUACAGUAGUGGCUCAGAAGCUCUUUUCCUGGAAGCUGUGAGUUUGAGCCUCUCUCAAACUAAGGAGAAAUUCACACCAUGCCCAUUUGAGUUGGAAAACUCAAAGGCUGUUCUGUGUGAUUUUUGUCAGUUCCGCUCACUCAUAUGGUGUGCAAGAUACUAAAACUAACACGUUUCAACGUACCACUUCACAUAUGGCACAAUGUUUCACCCUGACACGUGAUUCAGAUCUGCUUAAGAGGAGAGGAAUUGGAUGGAAAAUAGAACCGGUCAUUCUCUGAUAGUUGGGAAUGAAGAGAAUAUAAUCUCACCCGGUCAUUGGGACUUGAUGUUGACUCUUCUUUUCUUAUCUCUGCAGAUGCGAUCUCCUGGGUGACGUGGACACCAUUAGACAGUUGAAUGCACAUGUGUACGCCAUCCAUUUCGCUCUCUCCCACGUGGCUUUGGACACUGGCAACGCACGCUAUGCCACUAGUCUUGUGGAAACAGGGAUUCAUUUUAUAUUUCACAUUUCACUAUUAUUAUUUUUACACCAUUCCCUGUAGGCCAAACUAGGUGUGACAUGAAAGCCAGGUGUAUUUAUCUUGUAUCCUAAACCUUCAUAUGUAAAACAGGUGGAGACUGUCUCCUUUUCUAAAAUGAAAUGGAUGGGGUGAAUCCUCUCCUACCUCACCUCAUUGUGCUUCAUUGCUUCAGCCAAUUUUCUCCUGGACCACCCAUCACUUGUGCUAGAAUGUGCCAGACUGGAUAAAAACACUUGAAGCAAUGGAGUGCAGUUUGGUAAGGUGGAGAAGGAGAGGUUUCUCUCACCUCAACCACAGUCUUCUUUUGUAUAUAUAUAUAAAUGCAUCCACACAGUAUCAUACCACUAUUUAUUUCAUAAAUAAAAUACAAGAUGGCAUUACUGUAAGGUGGGGUGAGACUUCUCUUCUCACACAGCAGAUUUUGGAGUACAAUUAACGAAUAAUAAUUUGACAGUUCUUUAGCUUAUUAUAUUUUUUACCGCCACAGGCGUAUCAUUGGG